GGAGGAGGUGCUUUGAGAGGAGGAGACUGCACCUCCAGUCGCAUUGACCACCUCACAUCUGCUGCGAGCGGCUGAAGACUGAACGCCUCGUACCAACUUCUUGGAUUUGCCGAGAUUUUUCCUCAUCUCAAACGCGCACGCCGCGGGUUUCGCUAUUAUUUUGACGAACUACUCCGCGAUUUUCCUGCAUUCGCCAUUGGAUAAACAGCACGAUGUUCGUUCGUUGAGUUGGCAUAUGAUUGCAUUCAAGCAUCGCUUUUAAUUCGCAGGAUAUUUAUGUUUUAAAAGAUACAAAGGACGCGGUGGAUUCACUGACAGAAAUCAGAAUUCGGUCGUUGGAUGCGGACGUCGGUGUGAUUUAAACCGAACAUUUUCGCACUGCUCGUGAACGAAGUGGCCUGUCGGAUUUGUUUUAUUAGGUGGAUUUUUAAAAAGCCAUCCCAUUUCAGAGGGGAAAAUUAGGACAAGUCGACCUACACCCCUCACAAAGGGGUUCCACGCAGCCGAGCGUGCGGCAUGUUGUUGCUCCAUAUGUUUUUGGCAAAACUGGCACAUGUUUGCGCGUGAAUAAAGAAGUCUUUUGGGAGAUUUUAUUUGGUUUUAAAGAGAUGAACAUUGUUUUGCCAUUCUAGUAGCAUAGAAAGUUGUUAUUUUUUUGUUAAAACUCAUUUGUCCACGUUACCAGACUAUCGCUUUAUAUGUUGAUCAACUGAAUUUGGGUUUCUAUAACAAACUUCAUUGAUACAGUUGAUUUUCUCCAUAUAAUUCAACUGUUUUAGUCUUAUAAGUUUUUUUCUCAUGACUUGGUGGCUUUUCCCUGUACUGUGACGACUCCCACCGUGCAAUUGGUUAUUCCUGAUGGGUACAACAUCCAGCUGACGAUUCUUGAACCUUUACACUGUUUGCCCAUCUUUGUAAACAUUCACCAGUAAAACAACACUCGUGAUUCCACGAUGGAGCUCUUUUCCAAGAAUGUGGCCGCGCUCUGGAUUAUCCUGCUGGAGUUCUUGCUCAAAUCAGUGGCGGAGGAAGAGGUCCUGAUGAAUACCAAGACCGCGACAUCAGAUCUGAAGUGGACGAUAUACUCUCGAUCUAAACCUGAGUGGGAAGAGGUCAGUGGCCUAGAUGAGGAGAACAACAGCGUGAGGACCUAUGAAAUCUGCCAGACUGACGGCUCGAGCAGUCACUGGCUGCGCAGUAAGCUCAUCGAGCGGCGAGGGGCGUCGCAGGUGUACGUGGAGCUGCUUUUCACCAUUGUCGAAUGUUCAGCACGGAACACACAUCACCGGUCCUGCAAAGAGACCUUUAACCUUUACUACUACCAGACUGACACGGAUGACGCGACGGCAACCCACCCCGCGUGGAUGGAGAACCCCUAUACCAAGGUUGACACGGUGGCCGCAGACUUCCUGCUCCGUAAAGAUGGAGACAAGAAGGUUAAUGUGAAAACGCUGCGUCUGGGCCCAUUGACCAAACGUGGAUUCUACUUGGCGUUCCAGGCCCAGGGAGCGUGCAUGGCCCUUCUGUCCGUGCGUGUCUUCUUUAAGAAGUGUCCGGCUCUCACGCGCUCACUAUCCGUCUUCCCGGAGACAGUUCCUCGCUCGCUGGUGCAGGAGGCAGUGGGCCAGUGUGUGGCCAACGCAGCGCAGCCUGGACCAAAUCCCAGACCGCCCAAGAUGUUCUGUGGAGAAGAUGGACAGUGGGUGGACCAGCCCACCACCACCUGCACUUGCCUGCCGGGCUUUGAGGCCAGCCAUGGAGAGCUGGAGUGUAGAGCGUGUCCUGCGGGUCAUUUUAAGAUGGGUUCUGGUCCUGGUCCGUGUUCUGCAUGUCCUGACUCCAGUCACAUGGGAGAGACGGGCUCUGCCUCGUGUGUGUGUCGCCCUGGUUUCCACCGCGCUCCCACCGACAGUCCAGAUACACCCUGCACACGUCCGCCCUCGUCCCCUCGCAGCCCCGUUCCUCAGGUCAAUGACACGUCUCUCACGCUGGAAUGGAGCGAACCGUUAGACAGCGGGGGCCGCUCGGACCUCACCUACAGUGUGGAGUGUCGAAUUUGCUUGACCCCCAGGAGCCCCUGCGCACUAUGCGGGGACGGUGUGAAUUAUCGGCCCUCCCAAACUGGGAUCCAGGGCCGACGCGUGAGCAUUUGGGGACUCCGACCUCACACCACCUACAGCUUCACCGUGAUGGCCCUCAACGGGGUCUCUUCUCUGAGUCUGCAGGGGCCCGCGGGGGAGACCAUCAACAUCACCACCAGCCCCAACGUUCCUGUGCUGGUGUCGGGUUUGAGGAAGAGCACAGCCACAGAAUCCAGCCUGACGCUGCACUGGAACACACCGACCCAUUCGCACUACAGGAUCCUACAGUAUCAACUACGCUACUGUGAGAAGGAGCGUGGCUUUGAGGAGAACUCCUGUCAUUAUAUGGAGAGCAAUGUCAAUGAGGUUGUGCUGAGCGACUUGCGCAGGGCGACGCAGUACGAGGUUCAAGUCCGCGCCCGCACCUUUGCCGGCUAUGGCAGCUUCGGUCAAGCUAUCGUCUUUCGAACUCUGCCCGACGAAGAUGAUUCCUCAUCUCCGCUGCUUGUUACUGGGAUCCUUAUAGCCAUGGGCAUGCUGCUCCUCAUCAUCGUCAUUGCCGCUGCAAUCUACUGUAUAAGAAAGCAAAAUCAUUUCAAAGAUCCAGAACUGAGUGACAAAAAUGGCCAGUAUCUCAUGGGUCAAGGAGUGAAAGUUUACAUCGAUCCAUUCACUUACGAAGACCCUAAUGAGGCCGUGAGAGAGUUUGCUAAGGAGAUUGAUGUCUCAUUUGUCAAAAUCGAAGAGGUUAUUGGGGCAGGCGAAUUUGGCGAAGUCUGUCGGGGACGGCUGAGGAUUCCUGGUAAGAAGGAGAACUAUGUUGCCAUCAAGACCCUUAAGGGUGGAUACACAGACAAGCAAAGGCGGGACUUCCUGUCCGAGGCCUCAAUCAUGGGCCAGUUCCAGCACCCCAACAUUAUUCACCUGGAAGGCAUAAUAACAGCCAGCUGCCCCGUCAUGAUCCUCACAGAGUUCAUGGAGAAUGGAGCUCUGGACUCGUUCCUGAGACUCAAUGAUGGCCAGUUUACUCCAAUACAAUUAGUCGGGAUGCUGCGCGGCAUCGCAUCGGGAAUGAAAUACCUCUCCGAAAUGAGUUACGUACAUCGGGAUCUUGCCGCACGGAACAUUCUUGUCAACAGUAACCUGGUCUGCAAGGUGUCCGACUUUGGUCUGUCGAGAUUCCUGCAAGAGAAUUCGUCUGAUCCUACAUACACCAGCUCACUGGGUGGAAAAAUUCCAAUCCGUUGGACGGCUCCCGAGGCCAUUGCAUUCCGUAAAUUUACUUCCGCAUCAGAUGUAUGGAGUUACGGAAUUGUCAUGUGGGAAGUGAUGUCGUUUGGAGAGCGACCAUACUGGGACAUGAGCAACCAGGAUGUGAUCAAUGCCAUAGAGCAGGAUUACCGGCUGCCGCCUCCCCCUGACUGUCCCACAUACCUGCACCAGCUGAUGUUGGACUGCUGGCAGAAGGAGCGGACGGCACGGCCACGCUUUUCCAACAUUGUCUCAGCGCUCGACAAGCUAAUUCGCAACCCCGCCUCACUUAAAAUCACCGCCCAAGAGGGGGCAGGACCCUCUCACCCUCUGUUGGACCAGCGUUCCCCACUGACACCCUCAUCCUGUGGGACGGUGGGCGAUUGGCUCAGGGCCAUCAAGAUGGAGCGUUACGAGGAGAGUUUUCUACAGGCUGGUUACACGUCCAUGCAGCUACUCGCCCACAUCAACACAGAGGAUCUGCUGCGUUUGGGAAUAACUCUGGCUGGUCAUCAGAAGAAGAUUCUGUCCAGCAUUGAGGCUCUUGGGAUUCAAAACAAAACUCCCGGGAAUGUGCUCUACUGAGUGAACCGUACACACUCACACACAUGCAAACGCUUGUUGAGUUUGCCGGACAACCUUCAUGUAACCUAUCCACUCACAAUCAGGAACAUUUCUACUUCCUUUCUACUGGGUCACUUAAGGAUCAAGAUUGCUUAUUUGCUUCCAAGUCUACCUAAAGGGGACCAGUCCAGGAACAUGUCGGAAACAUCAACGUAAUACUACUAAUAUUACAAAGCUUCAUUUGUGAUAUCAAACGGGUCUCAUAGGGAUGUUACUUCACCCUUUUCCAUAUUUCGGGGAGCCACAUGAUGUAAUCCAGAAGGAAAGACUUGCUCUGACAUCAUAAUGCAAAGACAGUAUUUCCAUUUUUGCAGAGUAUUUUUCUAAAGGAGACUUUCGUACUGAAGAGGAUUGAGCGUAAGACCUUUAUAACGCAAGAAUGUGGAUACAAGUAUCAGAUUAUUAAUGACAACUUCUUCAUCCUUCAUUUUAAGGAUGUGUUGUGCACAAACGGUCAGAUACACACUACGUGGCUAAAGUGCUAAAAAAAAUGGUAUUGUUUUUAAAUGAUGCACUCUGUGUGUGUGUAUGUGAGCAGCAAUAAGAAAAUUAGCACAAAAGUCUUAGCACUUUUUUCAGAGGAGAAAGACAUGAAUGAAGCAGAGGUUCCAUUGGUGAACUAAAUAUGCGAAACAUACGUGCUUAUACAAACACACACACACAUAUACACACGUAGAGAUCUGCAACACUUGACUGGCACUAAAAAGAGACCAAAUAAAAGACACUCUGUUGUUUUAUGAGUGGCUGAAAGACUCGAAACAACCUUUGAACGUGUGCCAUACUGUUUUGUUUAUUACGGGAAUGUUGUGCUGGUUUGACUCACCAACUUGGAGCUGGUGUUCAUCAUCAACUAAACCACAAGAUUCAAAAGCCACCCUUUCAUACCACGAGUGGGUUUAUGGGUAGGAGGAUGUGGUCUUCACAUUGGAGAUCCACAAGAACAAACCAGGGACUUUUAUUCUGUUGCCUCUUUUUUUUUUGUUUUUUUUUUUUGUAUAAAUAUAUCUUGAUUUAUGUAAAAAGAUUCAUUUUCUUUGUCAGUGUAAUCUGUGUUUCUGUUACAAUAAAAAGUAUACAUUUA